AUGUCUUCCACGGAAGAAAACAAAACCUGCUUUAUAGUAAACAAUUCGCCGGAUUUUGUAACGGGGAUCUUUAUCACGCUCUCAGUUACCGGAAUAUUAACAGCGAUUUUGGGAAACUCUCUGAUAUUUCUUGCCGUGUACAAAACAUACUCACUCAGAACUCCAUCUAACUACCUACUUGCUAGUCUGUCCUUAGCAAGUCUACUGUUCGUCCCGGUUCUGGCGAGUUGCACUGUUUCGCUAACAAUGAGCGAAUGCCAUGCAAUAAUGCCAAUUUUGUGUUCAUGGACUUCAAAAGUGGAUUUUGCAUUAUUCUGUGUUGUCAUGGCUCAUCUGGCUAUGAUCUCCUUGGAUCGACUUGUAGCUAUCAAAAGACCAAUGAGGUAUGUUUUUAAAACAAUUUCCAGCUCUGGUAUUCAAUCACAGAAAAUUAAAAAUUAAAAAUUUUAACCUUUUUGUUCUUGAAGUUUGUAAAACCGAUCAAAUUUGUGGAUAAAGUAUAAUUGUAUGAAACUCUCAGGCAGUUCUUCACGGUUCAUGACAGCUUUUCAAGAAUUUAUCAAAUGAAAUUGGAAGCGAACCUUCUUUGUCUGCUUUAUUUCGAUUUAUGUCGCUGUUGCUUAAGGGGCUCUCACACUAUAUCACAAGUUAUUUUCUGCGACUUCUAUCAUUUCCAUGAAACUUCUAAUGUUUGUUAAUUAAUACUUUGUAAGUUCGAUAGCAUUUCAUGUGUUUUUGUCCUCGAUUAGAGAGAACUGCUUAUACAAGCUUUAACGGCAGGUGCAAUAUAAGGGAUGCACCAUCGUUGCCAAUGAUAAGAUGAGAUAAUAUAUAAAAAAUACAUGAUAUUAAAAAAUGUGCACUUAUAUUCAAGACAGUUACUGUUUUGGCAGUCCGCAAAAAUCCAAUAUUAUUCAAAUGUCUAAGAAAAGAUGAAACAUGAGGUACGUUCUUUUUCAUCUCCACGUCGGCAGCUGCUUCCAAAUACAUGACGUCACAUGACGUCAUGGCAGCCAUAUUGAUGUUCCAAAACAAUGAAACGGUGGCCAACCAAUCCUCUGCGAGUUCAACUCUUUACCUUUGUAAAUGUUUUCUUUUGUUCCAAUAAAUUUGCAUAGACGAUGGUCACGUGAGUGAAAACGCUCUAUACCUGAUUCAAUAAAGAUUGCUUUGGGCAUUGGCAAUUGCGUACCUUGGAAGUAUUGUUUGGCAGUAGCUGACAGUCACUCACUGUUCCGUAUGCCUAUAAAUGCCCAAUGCCCAAUUGCCAAAGCAGCCUUUACUGAAUUGGGUGUAAAAGAACUAUAAAGAAACGGCUUUCUAGAAUUGUGUUCUAUCAAUAAUAAUAAUAAUAAUAAUAAUAAUAAUAAUUGGGGAAAAAAGACAGAAACUGUGCCAGUUAUUGUCGGCGCGCUAGGACUCAUUAAAAAGGGAAUGGACCUGAAUUUAGGAAGAUCUCUGGAGCUAUUAACAUCAAUGAGCUGCAAAAGAUCAUUCACUUCAGUCCAACUAAUAAAAUACCCCUCCAGCAGAUCAGGACCAAGGAAUUGGCCCGGUUCUACGAAGCAAUUUAUUGCACUAUGAAAAAUAAUAACAAUCAUAAUCAUCUUCAUCAUCAUCAUCAUCAUCAUCAUCAUCAUUUCUUUUUUAAAUUUUUAGUCCUAGUCCCAAAGAGAAUUGAAACCCAUAGUUUCUCACUACAUUACGCGCAACUAGAUUCUUCACUAGAUCAACUUGAGUAGGUAAGAUAGUUAAAUAGUGAAACAGUCAACUGGUGAUAGAAGAGGUAGAUGAGGGAGAUAGCUGUGAGUUUUUCGGGUGUAGCUAAAUAUGCUUAUCACAAGUUCUUGUCCUGUUGUUAUUACUCUACCCAUGGAGAUUAAAACUGUUAACGAUGACUUUAAUUCUGAAAAACAUUUUUCUCACCUGCAGAUACUCAACAAUGAUGACAAAGAGGAGGACCCUAGUUAUAAUAACAAUAGUCUGGAUUGCUGGCGGAAUUGGAGGAGCUAUUCCAGGCUUUUUUCGUCUCAUUCUUCGAAAUCAAGGCAGAAUACUACUUCAACUGAUGUAUGGUUGCAUUCAAAAUAACGUAAUCCCUACUCAACGUCAAUUAAAAUCCAUAAUUCCUCAUUUCCUCUUCUUGAUGUCGUUAACAGUCCUUUUACCAAGCGGUAUUAUGCUCUUCACGCAUGCGUGGAUUUUUACCAUCUCUCGCAGUCAGUUACGAAGAAUCCGCGUGCUGGAAGACGCCGUAUCAAAACGACGGUCUAGUGAAAUGCGCGCCGCUAAAACGGUGGCAGUCACCGUGUUUUCAGCAUUAGCGUGCUUUACUCCUCUGGUUGUUGUAAAUUUCAUCACAGCAUUAGAUCCACCAAGUGGGAAGAAGUUAACUCCCACUCAAAUCAACAUCAAGUAUAUUCUUUUUCCGAGUCUCAAGAUUUUGUAUCUGUUGGCGGUAACUUUAAACCCUUUUAUUUGUGCUUUAAAAACCAGACCCUUUAAAGAGAAGUUCAAGAACUAUUUAAAACCUUUGCAAAUAAGACUAAGCGUUCCUUUGCCUACUACAUUAAAA